AGAUGGCCGCCCCUCCCCGGUUUAAAGGGGGAGCGGGGGUGCGUCACUUUCCCAUCAACCCUUCUGUAGCUGCAAUCAGGGUCGCUUGCAGCGAUUUGAGGGAGGGGAGGCUGCUGGCCGGAGCGCUGGGGCUCUGAAUGGGUUAGAGCCGGGGAGCCGGGAGCCAGGAUGCCUGGGUCCUCUGGGGAGGAGGGAGCGGGGCUGCAAUAGGUCGUGGCCGGGAGCCGUGGGGUUCCCCGGGAGGAGGCGAGGUGUGCGAGGGAAGCCAUGUGCAGACAAGGGAGAGAGGGCUUCAUUGUGGCGCUGCUGCAGAGGGGCACGCUGAAGAGCGCUUGGAGGGUGCACAGCUGAUCUUUUUUCAUUUUGGAGGGGGAGGCUUUUGAAGAUUGCUUUUGAUCCGUUAAAGGGCUGCAAUGCAGCAUCGGGGUGUUGCUUCCAGGGAAUACUGGAGAGUAGUAGAGUGGAUGCAUGGACAUCGGAGGGGAGCGAGGAGUUGCAUUAUUGUUUGUCCAGAGCUGGUGGGGUGGUAGGCAGAUAGGUUUCGGGAGGCUGCGUGCAAUAUUUUUGGAUGCUGGAAAUUUUGGGAGCCAGGCUACUUCUGGGGGUGUGUUUUAUUAUUGUUCUGCUGCACUGGGGCUAGUUGGGGGGUGGGGUGGAGAACGGUGGCCAAUUUGUGAUCUACCGAGGUGGUUGGGGAAUGGUCUCCAUUAGGGGACGCAGUUUGGGGUGCUGUACCUUUCUCCAGAGGAUAACCAGUGAAUUGGGGACAGGGGCUGAUAGCAGGAGUGGAUCUGUGAAAAGUCCCCAUUAACCUUUUGGUGGGUUAAAUCUCAUGCUGGGGUAGGGAUGCUUUCAUAUGGGAAUGUUGCAAUUCUGUGGAAGUUAUUCUAUUCACUUGGUGGGUAUGUAUCUUCAUCUGAGAAAGAUUAGGUUUUGAAAAGGUUGACUUCCUCCAAACCUUGACUUUUUAAAAAAAAACAACCAACAGUAUCCUGCUACGUUGAUGAGGUGCUGGAGGAAUUCUGGAGGAAUUUUUAGAGGGUGCAAUCAUAUCACACUUUUUUGGGGGGGAGGGUUGUGUGUACUACUUAAUUCACCAAGUGUGACCUCUUAAUUUUGUAGGGAUGUUCUAGUACAAGGACGUAAAUAUACUGUAUGUGUUCCCCACAGAUAUACAACUGGUUUUGUUGUAUUAUAUGAAGAUGGUUAUUCAGUAGAACCUGUAUUUGAGUAGGUAUUUAACUGUUAAUAGGGUAGGUUGGUCAGGGAAGUGCCCCUUCCCCAUUAUAUUAGAACUUGGGAGGGAUGUCUAGAAGUGACCUAACUUUUCAUGACAUCCCAUUAAUUUCCAGGAUUUGAUUGCAAAUUGUAGAAGUGUUGCCUGCAUUUCUGAGUCGUUUCUUUCCUUUUUGGAAAUCUACUAUUGUCCGAGAAGAGGGGUGUGGAUGCUGUCAAGGGAUAUCGAAGUUAGAUUAUCUCAGUAUAAGAGAACUUGGGGUGGAGCAACAUAACAGAAGAACCAUAUUCCUUUGGGGGGGGGAGGGUGUUAUGUGUAUCUGGAUUAUUUGGAGGUCACACUGAACUGGAAGGAAACUGGAACAGCUACAUGAGGUCACUGUUCAACAGGUUAAUUUCCUCUUGACAAAGUGCUCCAAACUCCGGAGCAACUUAGAUAUCAGUUUUCUCGGGAAUAAUAGAGGGGGGGUGGGCUUCUUUCCACCCCCUGAUGCUGCCCCAAGCCAUGUCGGCUUUUGGGGAUGCCCAUGAGUGGUACAUGGGGGCUCUGAGUCGGCAGGAAGCAGCCGCCUGUCUCCAGGGACACCGCCAUGGAACCUUCCUGGUACGGGACAGCACCACUUGCCCCGGCGACUAUGUGUUGUCCGUCAGCGAGAACUCCAAGGUGUCUCACUACAUCAUCAACAGCCUCCCUGGGCGCCUGCGGAUCGGGGAGCAUGAGUUUGACGGCUUCCCUGCUCUGCUAGAUUUCUACCGCCUCCACUACUUAGACACGACCACUUUGGUGGCCCCCGUGGGACGGGUUGUGGCGCCGGCCUCUGCCCAGCCGCCUCCCGCUGGGGAAUGGGUCCGGGCUCUCUAUGACUUCGUCGGCCGCGAUCAGGAAGACCUCCCCUUCUCCAAGGGGGAACCCCUGAGGGUGCUGGCCAAGCCAGAAGAGCAGUGGUGGACAGCGCAGAGGGCCGAUGGGCGUGUGGGCAUGAUCCCCGUGCCGUACGUCCAGCCCUGUCCGUACGCCCACCCCAGCAGCCAUGGUGCCCCUCGCCACGCUCCGGUCAUAGCGAGGGCGGUGCAGCGAAGGGUGCCCGGUGCCAGCGACAAGACGGCACUGGCCUUCGAGGCAAGUAAUGGGGUGGUCUGCACAAAAGGGAACGAGUUUCUGGUUACCAGGUGGGUGGGGGAAAUACGCAGAUUACUGUUGGGCACUAAGGUUUUUCGUUGCACAGAAAUGUGGCGUUCUGGUCCAGCCCUCUUCGCACCCCCAAACAAAAAGCUUGUGUUUGGACUAGAUUUUGCACAUUAAUUCAAAUGAAAUAGUUAUGCAGCAUAACACUUAUCUGGAGGGUUGAUGAGCAUAACUUUGAAUCGCUAUGGAGCAGAAGGAGGGAAGAAUGCAUCAGUUCGGAUGGGAAAGGGUGUAGAGGCUGUGUGGGAGUGCAGACGUUCAUCCACACAUUAGAUGCCUGUCGUGGUCCCAUUGCCAGGCUACACUCCUGAAAACUUGGAUCUUCAAUCCGUGUUAUGUUUCCGUACAGCAAAACUCCAUAUUCUGGCUUUGAUCCUGUUCCUCACUUGAAAUGGCAGUGAAGGGAAGAUGAGAAGCUGCGUGAUUUAUUCAGGAAAAAGACUUGUUUGCGGGGGGGGGGAGGGAAAACUGGCUGUGCAGAGGUGGGUGGGUAAAAAAAAAUGCCCCCAUGAUAUUUGCAUUCUGAUCCCUUCUGUGUCUCAUGAUGCUCUACAGGUGGGCGACCUCAUUGCUGUCACCAAGAUGAAUGUCAAUGGCCAAUGGGAGGGGGAGCUGAACGGGCGCCGCGGCCAUUUCCCCUUCACCCACGUCAAGGUCCUGGACCCUGAAGAAGCCAGCUGAACAUUUGAUGAUGUAACCCAUGGAACGCUGACUUUCCCUGCAGUGGGGCACGACCCUUGAACUCUGACCCACACUUGUGAGCUUCUGACUGUCUCGAACAUUGUACUUCCUUGAAUUUUGACCUACCCGGUGGAUGUUAUUGAUCAUCCGGUUCGUUGAUACUCAAGCUCCUUGGAUAUGGACCUCUUCUACCACUUUGGACUCCUUAACCCAUGAACCUUGUUCCUUGACUCGCUGUUCUUAAAAUGCUGUGGUAGUUGAACCCUAUAAACUUUUGACUCUUUACGGGGACCCGUUCAUAUUUCCUCCCUAGAAACAUUGA